CCUGCCGACAUCUUAUCGUGAUUCCGGACUGUGUGCCUUGCUGUCGUUGUACGGAUCGAUUCAGCUGGAUCGGUGAAUUUGGCGCGCACAGUACAGACCCAGAGGUAUAUAGCUGCAGUCGAAUCGCGAUUCCACGAAAGCCCACGUCCGCAACCGCUCCCACACCGACCCCUGCAUCCCCUACCCUCCUCUUUCUGCACCUCAAAGCUCUCCUCACUUUUCGAUCAACAUAGUAAGCAGCAAGAUGUCGGCAGGACCUCAGAUGAUUACGCUGGAGCAAGCGACGUGGGCAUUCAUCGAUGCCGCACCUCGCAAGCACACUGCUCCGUGGGGCGUCCGCUUCGUCAAGGCGGCCAUGGCAGGUGUUCUGCUCUCUCUAGGAGGAACGCUGGUGCAAGUCCUCAGUGCAGAUCCUUGGCUCACCACCAACGCUCCCGGUCUGCUCAAGCUCAUCCAAGCCAGCUACUUUCCAAUCGGUCUCGUCAUGAUUGUCUUGCUGCAAGCUGAUCUCGUCACGGGAAACAUGGCUAUCUUCAUUGCUGGAACUGUGAAGCGCAAGGUCCCAAUUUGGGCUUUCCUGGUGGAUUGGUCUCUAUGCUUCAUCGGCAACCUCAUCGGCGCACUGGUUUACGCAGUUUUCAUCGUGCACUUUGGCACGCUCUACACUCCAGCCAUGUCGAUGGGAGCAGCCAACAUUGCGAAUGCGAAAGUGGUCAGCAUCAAUUUCAGAGAGGUCUUCCUCAGGGGUAUCGGCUGCAAUUAUGCGGUCGUCGCUGCCGUCUUCCUUGCUAGUCUGGGCAAAGACGUCAUCUCGAAGAUCGUCGCAAGCUACUUGCCCAUCCUUUUCUUCGUUGGAGCAGGUUACGAGCACGUCGUCGCCAACAUGUUCCUCGUCAUCGAAGGUCUCUUGACCAAAGAGUCCAAAGCGACAGUUGGCCGCUACAUUUGGAAUUCCAUCAUUCCUUCCUUCCUCGGCAACAUCCUAGGAGCCGCAUUCUUCAUCUUGCCCCUGGUCUACAUUCACGGUCGUGACGAGUUCAACCCUGCCAGUUUCGACUUGCCCACCACUUCUCAUGACGAGCGCGCCAAGAUCGGAGGCGGCAGUCCCGAUGGCACCUUUGCUGGACCUCAAGACCACAAUGAGCAGUGGAGAAAGGAUGUUGAGAAGACUGCUGCUGCGCAGUAAACAGACCUUCUCUGCACUACUUCUCUCUCGUUCUCCUUCUCGUCUUCUUCCUCUGCUCUGCUCGCGCUCUUGCCUCCUUGCAUCACGUCCGAUACCUUUGUAAUGUCUCACUGACCAAUACCUUGAUAUGCCAUGUGAUCGUCGCUGUGCGAAC